AUGACGAUGAUGACUACCACCACCACCAGUACCACCAAGAUUGCUAAGAUGAUGACAACAACUACCACCACCACUACUACCACCAGCAGCACCAAAGCUACUAAGGUGGUGAUGACAACCAUCACCACCACGACCAUCAUGGCCACAACCACCACGACUACAAAGAUGACAAUGAUUACUACCACUACUACCACUACUAUCACUACCACUCCUGCUACUACAGCUACUACUUCUACUACUGCUACUAAAGGACACAAUGAAGACUAUCACCACCAAUCAUGGUCUGAGUUCGAAGCUCUCGUGGUGAGUAUGCCUUCGGCUGGCGCGCUCUCCAUGCUCGGCGCCUGCCACGCAGGAAUGCCUAUCUCGCAGGGGCGCGGCUCUCCGCGCCGCAUGUGCCGGGCUGGUGAGUGGUUUGAAGAAGAUGAUUCUUGCGAGGAAGGAAAUAUUUUUGAAGAUGCAAGUAGUGAAGAAUCAGCCAAUGAACGUGAAGAUGUGAAUGUUGUGGCAGAUGACAGUCCUUCCGAUAAUAUUACUUUAUCAGAGUCUGAAAAUGAAGAACCACCACAAAAAGGUAUAGAGGACCACACAUAUAUUAGUCGGACGGCGGCGCGCGCCUGCCCGCGGUCCCGGGUUCGCGCCCAGACACUUGUUGCUCGUGCUGCCGCGGCUGCUGGCUCGCUGCCGGGCCGCGGCUGGGCAGGGCCGCCCGUACUCAUCGUCGCGGACAAAGAAGCCACCGGCCACCGAGGUCGCCCUGCGCGCCCCGUCCAAGGCCGCGCCGCCGCAGCCCCUUUCCCAGGUGUCCGAACUGGAGCGACUAACAUACUAGCCGCGUCCAAGAAGGGGGCGGGGGUGUCGUAUCCGCCACCGCACAGCAGCCGUAAACUCGGCGCGGCGUGCUACAAGACGCGCGGCACACGGCGAAUACCGCUGGCGCCGCACACGAUGUCAACAACUGGCGCCAGUGAACGCGUCGUCGCGGGGUUAGCGGCAGCGGACACACCACUCUCGAUACGGAUUACCCCGGAGGCGCUGCCCUUGCCACCAGAGUGA